CAUGUUCCAUCCAAAAUACUGAGAUCGAAUGUUUCAGGAGUCGGUUGUUCACUGCGACCAGCUGAACAGUAUCUGAGAUAAAGAAUAGCUUAAGCACAGUGAAUUUCUCCUUCUUCUUUGAAAUAAAAGGGACUCAUGGGAGCUGCUUUCAAAAUUGUGAUGGUGGUGGUGGUUGUAUCACUAUGUGGAGCUUUGCCCGCCACUUCACCCAGCCAAGAGGAGCUCUUAAAAGUCCAGAACUAUUUGUCUCAAUUUUACCCGGAUACAGUUGUCAGCACAUCCAGAGCUAUGCAGCGCAGCUCUCAAGUCUCCUUUGAAAGCAAUCUCAGAAAAAUGCAGACGUUUUUUGGACUGGAGGUGACGGGGCAGGCGGACUCUAGGACACUGGAAGUGAUGUCUCGCCCCCGCUGUGGAUUCAUAGAUAUCAACAGAUAUGGCCUCUUUGAGGGCCGACCAAAGUGGAACAAGACUGUGGUCACAUACAGGAUAACUGACUACACACCAGACUUGGGUCGAAGUGAUGUGGAUGCCACCAUAGCCAAAGCUCUGAAACUCUACAGUGAUGUAGCUCCUAUCGAUUUCAAGCAGAUUGACAGCGAUGCUGCUGAUAUUAUAAUCAAAUUCAAGGCUGGAGACCAUGGAGAUUUUGCUCCAUUUGAUGGGAAAUAUGGUGUCUUGGCACAUGCAUUCUCUCCCGGGGAAGGCAUCGGAGGUGAUACCCAUUUUGAUGAUGAUGAAGACUGGACUCUAACUUCAGCAGGAACCAACCUGUUCUUGGUGGCCGCUCAUGAGUUUGGCCAUGCUCUGGGAUUAGCCCACUCAGAGGAUGAGACAGCUCUGAUGCAUCCCACCUACAAGUAUGUGAACACAGAGGGGUACAUGCUACCAGAUGAUGACCGAAAGGGAAUACAAGCUCUCUAUGGAGUCAGAGCAAAGUCCCCUGGUCAAUCAGAGCCUGAACUUCCUCCAAACAAGUGUGACACAAAGCUGAGCUUUGAUGCUGCAACCUCCAUUAAAGGGGAUCUUUACUUCUUCAAAGAUGGGUAUUUCUGGAAGAGGAGCCAUAGGAAUAACAUCAUUAUGAAGAAAAUUCAGUCUGUCUGGCCUGGAGUCAACAAAGUUGAUGCUGCUUAUGAGAAUAACAGACAGCAUAUUGUGAUUUUCUUUGAAGGGAACCAUUAUUGGGUUGUGACAGGAAACACUGUCCUACCGGGUUAUCCCAAACCUCUAAGUGACUUCGGCUUACCUGCGUCUGUUACCAAGGUAGAUGCUGCUGUUUAUCUGCCACUUACAAGCAGAACCCUUUUCUUUGUAAGGAACAGAUACUGGAGCUACAAUGAAAGGAGGGGCAGAAUGGAUGUCGGUUACCCAAAGCUCAUCCGUAGGGGGCUUCCUCGGAUUGCCUUCCAAGUAGAUGCUGCUUUUGAGAAAAGAGGUUACCUGUACUUUUCACAUGGGUUCAGACAAAAAGAAUACGACUUCAGACGAAGAAGAGUGCGUCGCACUCUGCUGAACUAUGAAUGGAUGGAUUGCUAAAGAAAGAAAGAACAACAUGUACAUAUACGCUCUGUCAAAAAUGACUUAAAUACUUUAUCUUGUAUGAGAGGGUGUAUGUAAAUGUAUGGGAUGUACUGGGUAAACACUGUUGCUGAUGCCAGUAUCUCCCUUAUCCCAUGAAUCAGACGGCAAAUAUGCACUCAUCAAUCAGACCCAAUUUGUGUUUCUUUUAUUCUUUAAGAGCAUCUAUGAGUCAUACUGCACAGUUAUUAAAAUUGCUGCAUUCA